CUUUUCUUGCCAAUCACCAAAGAAACCCCAUCCUCGUUUUGUCACCGUUGCGCCCUGCACGGGACUCACAGGCUCAACUUCCCUUCGUCUCAUAUGUCCAUCCUCCGGAGCUCGUGAACUUACCACUGCUGUCGUGGCUGUCUGUAUAGUUCGAGAGUAGAGCGCGCUUUUGAUCGAAACGAGGAGGCAGCACAGUGGUGACGACUAUUGACCCAGCUCCUUCAUACCUUCGGCGUCGUUCCAACCUCUUGACAAUCUCUCGACUAUUCGAUCCAUCCGCCCGCCGACGCUCUCUUCUCCAGCUACCACCCACCUUUGCUCUCGUGCCGUACAGCUAGUCGACGCCCUGCUGUCGCAUUGCAUUAUCUUUUGCCGCCGUGGUCAUCGAUCCAAAAUCCAACUCUAUGACAACAUAUUUUCAUCAUCCUCCCAAAUUCGAUUCGACUUCGUGCCCGUGCAAAGACCCGGUGUGCUGUAGAGUCCGGAUUCCUUAGGCCGCCGCCAGUCAUGUCGUACUCACCCAACGUGGCCCUGCCAACGGCACUGUUUUCACAAGACCAGUCGGAACAGUUAUCUGCUCUGCGAUCUCUCAAGAAUGACAUUGUCGGUCAUGCCCAGAAGAAGGAGAAAUGGAUUGAGGCUGGAAUUCUGGAGCCUCUUGUCAAGAUACUGAACACCAGCCGGGCUGCUGUCAGGCCGAGCCGUAGGGACAGUCGGGGCUAUACACAAUCCUCCCCACGAUCUCUGACAGGGGAUGAAGCCGUGCGGUGGCAGGCGCUCCAGAUUCUGGCUAGCUUUUCCAACGGUGGUUCCGCCUUCCUCGCUCCCAUGCAUGCCGCAGGUGCCCUCUCUGCUGUCCUUUCCAAUAUACCAACUUGGGACAACCCUCCGCAAGUUGUCAUCGCCGCCCUCAGAGCUACCAUCAACAUCGCCGAAGUCACAGUGCUAGGCCUGCCCGGCCUUGCUAAGGACCUCGCCGAUAUAGCAAAUGUCGUCUUUGUGGCACCGCUGCUCGAAGCCUUGAGGCUCAUCUUGACCACUCCGGUGACAAGUCAUGCGUGUCAGACGCAGAGAAACCUGGUGGCCAAGCUCAUCAGUCUUCUUUGCCGAGAAGAGAGUCAUCAGAGGGUCCUCGCAGAUGCUGGGCUCCUAGACGCCCUGGCCACGAAUCUCGCGUCCGUCGUUGUUGCCCGAGGAUUUGUGGUACCUGGUGCAGAGGCGAUCGCUAGGACAGAGGGCAUUUCCGACCUUUUCCCUGACCCAGCGGCUGCCGGUACUGAUGUGACAGCGAUAUUUGAGGCCUUGGCUGCGAUAAUAAAUGACUCUCGGUGGAGGGCGGCCGCGCUCAUCUACGCUCCUGCUAUACUCACCGUGUUCCCCAGCCUUGGCCCUCCCCGGCGCUCGAGAGCUAUCAAGGCUUGUGCCGACGCCCUCGGGAGAGCAGGGCUCAGCAGCGUGGCAGACAAGGACUUGGGUGUCAUGGACUGUUUCCUCCCGCUUGUGCCUGAGUAUCAGUCUAGGAACACUACGGCCAGUCACUUCCCGCCGCUCGGAUCUUCUCCCACCCAAGAUACUCAGUCCUCUGCACGAAUGCCGUCGUACAGGUGGAUCUCUUCGCCCAUGACUUGGCGGGCCGAGGACUAUGAUUUCCAAUCAGCAGAAACUGAAGUGGAGGAAGCUGAAAGCCCGUUGAUACCAUGGCUGAUUUAUACGGCUAGAUCUACGGAAGGCAUGGAGAGAAUCAUGGCAGCUUCUGUUGUUACUUCUCUUUUCAAAGCCGGGUUUACAAACAAGACGAGCAGGGCUUACAUGGGCCGCCUAAUUGUUCCAGUUCUGCUCCAGGCCCUCGAAGACAUGGGUCCGACCUCCAGCAACGCUGAAGCUGCCUUCACUGACGUCCAUGUUGCCGCGAAUCGCUCUAUCGUUGAGCGAAGCCUGGCCGUGUUGGCAAAGCUCGUGGUUGACAGCGACUUCCUUCAGAGUUGCGCAUUUGAUUGUUCUGCCGUCAAGAUUAUUAGCGCAUAUCUGAAGGGAGCCUAUGAGCCAUUAGAGAGACCAUCACGGUCGUGGAGUCCAACACCUUCGCACGAGAAGCCUGUGGAACGCGAGAUCGGCUUCCCCACGAGCCGACUUGGUUCUCAAUGCGAACCUUCUCUUCUGUCGCAUCGUAUCAGAAUGAGGGAAACUGCCCUGAAGGCUGUUGCUGCCCUAGCAGGGAAGGAUGAGUACGGCAAGGCUUUCGUGGACCAGGAAUUGGUCCCGUACAUUGUUGAGUCCCUUUCAGCCUGGCCCACCAAACCUGUCAAGGAUCAACCAAAAUCACCAAAAUUCGUUCUGGCCGGACAGACUGGUGCAGUGUUUGACCCGGCAUACGGUGUUAACCCUAUACCUGUCGUCGUGGCAGCUUGCCACGCCCUUCGGACGCUGUCCAGGUCUGUCAGCAUCCUUCGAACUACACUCCAAGAUAGUGGAGUGGCUACUCCGGCCUUUCGCCUCCUGCUUCACCCAGACAUCGAGGUUCAGAUUGCAGCGUCGGGCCUGAUGUGCAAUCUGGUCACAACGGUCUCCCCGAUGCGAGAUCGACUCGACACUCUUGGCGUCAUGAGGCGUCUUUGCCAUCACACACGCUCUCAGAACCCGGUCUUGCGGCUCAAUGCACUCUGGGCCCUAAAGCACUGGGUUGAUGGGGCCAGCCUCAGUCAAAAGAAAGAUUGCAUCGACGAGCUUACUCCAGGAUGGCUGAUCCGCCUCAUUCGCGAUGACACAGAGGAUAUGGCAUUAUAUAAACGAACAGCCAAGAACGAGAAGCAAGCUGCUGGUGGGAUGGACGAGGAUGUGGACAUGGGACAAGCUGGAGACGAGACUAGGGCGUCGGCAUCAGCGUUUCUUGAAGAUCCAUCACCACCAACACAUCCCGCAGGAAAUCAGCGACAAACGCGGCGAUUGCGACAAGCAGGCGAGCGAGUGGCGGGGCUCCGCGAGCUCGAGCUGAGCCCGGUGCGCAAGGUCAGACACGACGACCUGGCCAUACAGGAGCAAGGAUUGCAUUUCCUGAGGAACCUCAUGGGGCCAGUUCACUCGGCGGCCAACUCGGCUAAGGACCACGCAGAGAUGAUCGACCACCUGUUUAGCGUUCUGAACCAGGACCAGUUCUUCCAGAUUAUUCACUCGAAACUCCAGCUCAGGAUUUUGCACCCGUUCGAACGGCGGUACCCCGGAAGCCACCAGGAAUCGCGUGUCUUGUACCCACAACCACGUAUUGUUGCAGCUGUGGUGUAUAUACUCGUGCAUCUGGCUGCCAGCCUCCCGAGACACAGACAGAUCCUCAUCUCCCAGACUGACAUCCUGACGGACCUGGGCAAGCACUUCACCAGCAAAGACAAGGAGGUGCGCGUGGCGCUAUGUCACCUCAUCACCAAUCUGACUUGGCGGGAUGAUGUGGACGACGAGGAAAGUAGUGCCGCCAGAGCCGGGGAGAUUAUGAAGCUCGGGCUGCUGAAAAGACUGGAGAUCCUCGAGAGUGCCGACACAGAAUUGGACGUCAGAGAACGAGCCAAGGCAGCCAUCUGGCAAAUCAACAAGCCUAGGGAAUUUUAGUUGAACCGGACCAUGUUAAUUGUUUUCUGGCGUGAUGGCCUCCCACACCGAUUCUGGCUUUUCGACCUAGUCGCGCCGCAAGACGUUGUGGAUUGGCUCACCGCACAAGAUCCUAAGGUGAAAGACGACUAUGGAGCACUGGUGGCACGCUUCCACAUUGAAUUGUUGGGCCUCUGCGUCUGCCACAGGACUUUGGCUCUUCAAGGGCGGACCCGUUGGCCACUGGGCACUUAUUUGAAAUACAGGAGGGAGAUGAGUGAGCGAUCAGCACAGCCAGAACUAGAUUGUAUCAGAGCGAGUUUCUGAUCGGACGAGAUGUAGAGGGCUCUCGACGGUCGAACAUGAAUAUACUCAGCGUUAUGUAUCUCU